AGGAGCAGCACUGAUCCUAGGGAGAAGCGACUACUUGUCAGGUUGAUCAUGCUCUGAGAAGUAAUUAAUACAGUUGUGUACCAGGCUGAAAGGGGGUCUCGCAAAUCGCAGGGUGGCGGAAUACUGCUAGUUCCUUGGCAAGGCUACUUCCCAGCCUUGUCCGGGUCGAAACGUGAUCGCAUCCACUUGUUGCAUGUGAACACUUUACAGGCACACACGACGGGCACUAUCAACUCUAAGAAACUGUGUUGGCUGGUCGUCGUAUCUCCCUUCUUAACUGUCGAUCUAGCAGUCGAAAGCACCGCGUGCAACGUCCAACGGCCCAGAUCCUCGAGAGAUGCCCAUCAAGCCCCUCACGUUCAAGGGCGACAAGAAGCCCAAAAAGCGCAAGCACCGUCACGAGGAAGACGUUGACGACUCCCACAAUGCCGGCCAGCCCACGGCCGACCCCUCGGACGACGACUCCUGGACCACCCCCGACGCCCCCAGCGAUCUCUCCGGCCCGGUCCUGCUGGUCCUCCCCACGGUGCCCCCCACGGCUCUCGCUGCCGAUGCGCACGGCAACGUCUUUGCCUCGCCGCUAGAAAACAUCGUCGAGGGUGUCGCAGAGACGGCAGAGCCCCAUGACGUGAGACAAGUCUGGGUCGCGAGUUCCGUGGCGGGUAUGGGAAAGGGAGAGAUGAGCUUCAAGGGGAGCCACGGCGGGUUUUUGAGCUGUGACUCGGUGGGCGUGCUGGGCGCGAAGAGGGAGGCCAGAGGCGUCGAGGAGGGAUUCAUAGUGGAUUCUGUCGACGAUGCUGAAGACGGGAGAACGAGGUGGCGGCUCCGAACUGCGGCGUCGAAGCCGGAAGACGGCGACAAGGGAAGACGAUAUCUUUGCGCCGUCACGGAGACGAAGCCGUCAACCGCAAAAUCAAUCAACAUUUCCCUGCGUGGGGAUGGGGAGGCUUCGUCGGAUUCCACCCAUCUCGUCUUCAAAAUGCAGGCCCGCUUUAAGCCACGGAUACAACAGAAUAAAGAGACAAAAGCACGCGAAAAGGUCAGUCGGAGAGAGCUCGAACAAGCGGUUGGUCGAAGGUUAGAAGAUGAAGAAGUGAAGCGCUUGAAGAGGGCCAAGAAGGAAGGGAACUUCUACGAGGAGGUCCUGGACGUCAGGGUGAAGGGGAAGCAUGACAAGUUCGCCAGUUAAGAUACAGCUUUGGUCCUAUCAUGAAUCCGACCGGCCACGCCAUGACAGACGUCGCGUAUUCGAACCCAAACCCACGUAUCCCACACCUUCAUCCACAUGGAGACUCAUUAUCCGUCAUGUUUUUCCCAACCGUCCCAUCAUGUAUCGACGCGUGUAACGCGUGUACCUCCCUGGUGCCAACUUAAAAACAUCGCGGAAACGCCAGACGCUAUGCAUCAAAACUACUCAAGGGUAUAUCGCCCGAACAUCAUCACCUCGUCAAAGGCUGGGGAACAGGCGACCUGCGAUCCGACGCCCUGGAUGAUGUGUUAGCAAGCAGGGGUUUUGACAUUUGGGAUCCGUUCGAAUACUUACAGAGGGGUCUCGACUCCUCAGCCGCGCGACCUUCAUCAGCCCGCUGUUCAUAACUGCGAGCUUCUCUGCGCGCCAGUCGUUCACGCAGCCAUGCUCUCCUCGCGGAUAUCCCCUGAGCUCGAACAUCGGCCGGGAUCUCGUCUUCCAUCGUAUUUCGUCUGCGAGCGAAUGGUCCAUUCUCCAUGCUUGCAGUGGCAGUCCUCGCCUGAUCCAUGGGAAUCUGAGGAGACACCAUCGGUAUCGAAAUGGUCCGGACCGAGCGACCGGUUAAUGCAAGUAUCGGCGCAGGGAGUCGAUUCAUAUGGGUGCCCGCUGAUGAUUCCUCUGGAGCGCUCGAUCGCUGCCGCAUCCUCCGCAUUAGUCUUUCUCGCCUCACCAUGAGGUUUGUCACUUGCACGGGACAGUAUCCCGCGGGAAGCGACGAUUUCUUGCACAGUGGACAUAAUGAGCUGUUGUCGCGGAGAAAGGGAUCGAUGCACUCCGGAUGGAAGACAUGGUUACAGGGCAGUUCGCGAACGGUGGUCUCUCCGCUUAUGAAGUCGUCCAGACAAAUUGGACACGUCGACUGAGAAAAGGCAACCGGCCGGACCACGAUGGCUGGGGCAAUUGCACUCUCGACGUCCUUCCCGUCAUUCCCGUCAUUGUGCGCCGGCUUUUCUGCUUCAGGUUUGACUGCAUCAAUCGUUUCGGGCUCGACGGUCUCAUUUAGCCCGUCGCCAUUGAUGCUAUUCGGCUCCGACUUCGCAUGGUAUGUGUACUUUGGCAUCUUGUCAAGUAGCUCUUGUGGCACUUGCAGCCUCUUGAUCCCCAAUGCCUCAAGGUCAACCUCUCCGUUCGCCACUCGCCGCUGGAGGAUGCGUCGUUGCCUUCGUUGUAUCAUGUGCAUGACGAUCGAGGUCAUCAAGACCACGGCCAGAAGGAUGGCCAAGACGAUGAUCAAAAACACCCAUAGCGAAGGGAUGCCGGUGGUUGUGUUGACAUCCAUUCUUGCAUACAGCCUGAUAGUAUCGUGAGGGUUGUAUAUCUCGACAAGGUCGCUGCCAAAUGGUACUUCUGACAUGUUCCCUGAAUAAAGCGCUAGUUCAUUGAGAAGGAAAGAUCCUAGCAUCCCAGGUAUUGCAUAUACUGGAUAUUCGUUUGUGGACUUCCAUUGUCCACCGUCAUGGAGAGUCCAGGAGCGAUCGCUGACGGGAGGAGGUUGUGUAUUCGAGUUGCCAGGUUGAAAGAAUAUUGCUCCUCGGACCUGGUCGGACCGCAUGGCGGAGAGGUAGGAGAAGACGCAUUCUGGCUCCGUCCACGGUGCCAACGCAAUCAAUGGGUAAUCGCCCGGAGGUAUCUGGGCCCGUGUCGUGGCAUUGGCCGGAAUCAGGGAUCUAGUGGAGUUGUCACAAGGACUGGAGGGCGGAAGGGCGGGAGAAUAUAGAAGGCCUUGUAUGACAUCGUAAUGGUGAGGAUUGCUGGGAGACAGCGUGCGAAUGAGGCCCGACGCUCUCAAUGCAAAGCCAAAAGAUUCCUUCCAUGUAUUAGCAGAUUCAUAUUUUAAGAGUCUUGUA